UUCAAGCGCAAAGCAUCAUGGUUCUUGUUUUGAAUUAAACAAAAUGGCGGUCGGAUCGCGGUGGAAAACUGUUCGGCGAAAAAACCGUCUGAAAGACCGAAAAUAUUCGCGUUAGCUGUUAUAACAAUGCCAAACACUCCAAAGGAGAAGAAGCGAAAGGUGGGCACAAAAUCCGGGCGAGAGGUGAAGCCAAAGCGGUUGAGAUUUGAUGGGAACACUUCUCCCACGAAGAAAUCCAAAGCUAACAGCCGUAGCAGAUCCGAUACAGGAAAGAAGAAACGUGUACAGAGUAAUAAGGCCCUGAGUGCUGUAGAGGAAGAUGGAUGUUCAGGUCAAACAGGAGAAGAGCUUUCUUUGGAGCGUGUACUGGAAGAGAACGCUGAGAAACAUAACUUGACUGCGACGAAUGUGAAAAACAUUUUACACAGAAUUAUCAAAGAUGACCAGUUCCACGCAAUGGUCAGACAAGCAGUGGAACAAGCAGUGGGACACGAUGAGGAACAGGAUGAGGACUCUUCAACAAAGACAGACAAAGGAACAGACUUUCUACCAUUGUUUGAACCCAAGUUAACAAGAGCAAAACGCAAAGAGACCAACCAGCAGGAUCCAAUUGCAAAAUUGACGAAUUCUCCUGCCAAGAAACCAGUUCCUCAGUCAAUGUUUUAUGAUCUGGAGUUCCCUGAGUCUUCAUCGGAUGAAGAGUACCAACCUGAUGGCGAGGAGAGUGAAGACACUGAGAGUUAUGUUUCUCAACUCAGUGACCUGGCCUCGCCUGGUAGAGCUGGUAGUCCAGAUAGCAUGAAUACAGAUGAUACACCCUCAUGCUCACCUCAAGUAGGUAGACCUUUGACAAGACACAGAUCGCAGGAGAUGACAUUCAAGGAGCCUUUGCCAGUGUCUUCUGGGACCCCUGCUAAGGCUGACUUGAUAGCAAAGCGAACAAGGUCUCAUGUACAAGCCAUUGAAGAGCCCAUAGAUGAUUCCAUGCUACCAGAUUUCAUGCCGGAUUUGUAUGACACUCUGUGUGAGGAUGACCUGGACAAGGAUGACAUCCAGUUUCAGAUGUGGCUACAGGGGCUUUUGAAUGAAAAUGGUGAUCUACCAGAUGAGGAUACCGAGGAGGACAUGGAGUACAACUUCAUGGCAGAAAACCUCAAGGAAGAGAAGGAAGAGUAUAGGAAUGAUCGUGCUGUUAGGAUACCAAAGAAAGAAGUUGAUGAAUUGUUUCAAGAGCUUUUGGCCCAGUUUGGGGAGGAUGAUGAUGAUGAUUACUCAGCAGGGAGUUUUCGGUCAAUGCUGCUCAGUGAGCUAGAAGAGCCCAAAGGUCCAUUGUUCACACCCACCCAAUGGGAGCAGCUCCACACUCAGAUGUGGCAGCAUACACAGCUGCUCACUCAGAUCUACCUGAUGUCACGAGAGGACCCAACCCUUCAGCAAGAAGCAAGUGUCUGCAAACAGUACAUCAAUGAGCUGCAAGGAUUCAGUGACAGGGCCACAUCCGCUCAUCUGAUAAUGGCACUAGGGGGCGGCGAUCUCCCUGAAUCAGCAUUUAGCACCCACGCCCUCCCAGAAGCUUACAGAAUUGUGAAUGAGCCUUACAAAGCCCCCAAAAGCCCAAGCAAGAUCAAACCCAGAGGAAAGGCAUUAAAGGCGGGCAAGGAAGCAGUACGCAACACUCCUCUCUCCCAAACCAAUAUGGAAACCAUGUGCACUCAUUCCCUUUUUAAAUACAAGAAGAUUCUGCCCCACUUCACACUCUUCCCAAAUGACCCAACCAUCCCCUCAGACAAGAACAAGAACUUGAGAGUGAAGUUCACAGAAGCUGAAGAUUGCCUGCUGGCUAUGGGUAUGAAGCAAUUUAAUCACUGCUGGGAAGUCAUUAGGGAUAAUUUGCUUCCUGUAAAAGACCCGAAGCAGCUGCAAAUCCGCGCAAAGAACCUCAGUGCUGCAAGGGCUCCAGACAAUAUUGUCAAGCACUUGAAGAAAACAAAGGCUUUGUGGAAGAUACCAUCAGAAAUCACUGCUGUUGUGUGGAUAGAUGGACGAUUGAGGGAGUUGGAGGAGCCAAACUGGCUAAAAAAGCAAACACAGAAAGCUCUUUGCCAGGCAAAGGGAAAGCCACAACGAAAAGCACCUUCCGUAGUGAGCUCAUCUCCCUCUGGGAAUGCCACAGUGAACUCAGCUCCUCCUGGGAGCACUACCCCCAUAGUGAACUCCUCGCCCCAUCUCACUCUUACCGAGGCAGAGGGCUCUUUCUGUCCCAAGCCAGAUAAUCCCAAAGAACCAGAUAAACAAGAUCAAAUGGCAAAGAGCAACUUGACUUCACCACAGGAAAACGCUCCCACUCCUACAGAAUCACAAAUUAAGGAAGCAGUUUCAAGUCCCAAGUCCAAUAACACCACAGCCACGACUUCUGGUAAAGGGAAAGGAUUUCGUGACAAGCCUGCCAUCCCAUCUAUCCUGACAGCAAGAACACAGAGUACAUCAAGUGAAACUGCACCAAGUAACGCCAAGAAGGUUGGCACGAAUGUGCCAAUUGUCCCAAGAACAUAUAUCCUGGAACCCGAUCCACAGGCAAAUAAACGAGCGCAAGCUUUUGCUGAGGGCUACUUAGAGAAAGUGCGGAGCGCUCUCCUCAAGUCAUACCCCGAGAUCUACGAAUCCUUCCUCAAGACACUUGUUGACUCAUCCAUGCACGGUUGGAGCCCUGUACAGCUGUACAAGCGAAUGGAAGCAGUUCUCUUAGAUUUCCCAGAACUCAUCGAGAAUUUCAUCGCCUUCUUGGAGCCUGACCAAGCUGUGUUGGCUGAAGUGUCCAUGAAAAAUCUGCAGUUCGUGAAAGCCAGGACUUUCUUCCGGAAACUUGAGGUCCAUUUCCGCAGCACGCCGUCACACUUUAAGAAGAUCAUGAGCGUGUUUAAUGGCUGGAACCCAGCAAACAAGAUGCCGCGCGAGCUCCAUGAAAAAAUCACGCCGCUAUUACGAGGUCAGGCCCAUCUUGUUGAAGAGUUCAACUCGUUUUUCGAUGAUAUGAAACCGCCCGCCUGCAGCGACGAAGACUUUGAAGAAGUAGAAAUGGGAAGUGGAAGUGAAAUGGAGUUUGAUGGGUUCGAGGAAAUCGUCAUCCCCAAAGAAUUCAAGACUGUGAAAACCAUGAGAGUUUCCCAGGAGAAGACUGUCUCGAUAUCUCGAGAGCCUGCCCAUAGAGAUGCGCAAAGGAAACACGUGCGUCGAAUCAAGCCUGGGGCAAGGAGGGACUUGUCAGAUGAUGAGGCUGCGAAGAAGGAUGAUGGUGAUGAUGAUCAUUCUAAAGAUUAUGAUGGCUCGUUGCUCACUAAAGAAAAGGAGAGUGCAGACUGUCCAUAUUCCACCACUCCAUCUGCUGGUCCCGAAUCGGGCAAUCACAUAUCAAAAGAACACGAACAUUCUACAAAACGCAGAACGAAUUCAAGAAAAAAGGGGAAACUGGAUGGCGGUAAUAAAAGUGAAGAGAAAGACAAUUUAGAAUAUUUAGAAAAACAUAAUGGCGAAGGUGAUUAUAUAGAUAGUGAUGACGAUGGUGAAAAUGAUGAUAACAAUGAAGAGGUUAAUAUCACUAAUGAUGAUAAGUCUCCUACUAGAAGGGUAUCUGCUAUGAAUCAUGGACUUGCCCAUGACGGCCAGCUAGUCGUGUUAUGGACCAGGGAGGCCGAUCGUGAUAUACUGCAGACUUGUCAAGAGCUUGGCUCCACACAAGACACCUUUAUUCAGCUGGCCAAACGAAUUGCUGGAAAGACCCCAGAACAGGUUGAAAAUCGAUUUGAAGACCUGAUGAGCCUUUUCCAGUCGAACAUUUCCACCACCUCCCAAAUGUCAGCCAACGAGAGAAGUUCUAGCGAAGAUGAGACCGGUACAAGUGACACAGAUAACGACUCCAGGCAAUAACAGUUAAUGUCUUAUCCAAUGCUCAGGCAAACUAUAUUAUAUGAAGCUUGAAAUCUUUCCUUUCAUGUAUGUUCUAGAUUAAAAUAUAAAGGGUUACAGUCAACAGUCAGUUAAAAAGUUAAAGGACAGAGUUCACAAUGUGAGAUCAAAGUUCAGGUCAUAGCACGGCUUCAGGCAGUAGCGUAAGCUUAAGGCAUAGUGGAUAAUGAGUUCAUAACUGUACAUGUCUCUAGGCGACCAGGGUGUAUUCUCACCCAAUGAAAAAGUUGAAAUUGUUCUUCUAGUGGAAGUAUAUAAGUUAAGUGAUCAAGAUAUCUAAUCUUCUCAAAGCAUUGAAAAUGCAAUCAUAUACCUUUUAAGCAUAAAGAUUAGUGGGGUUUAUGAACGCUCAUGAUGUACAGUAGGGUCUUUUAUUGUGAUUUGUAAGGUGUUUAAAGCUAAAUGAGGACAUAAUGUUGAAGAAACAUUCAAUUUUUUUUAUUCACAAAUGUUUUUUUCUGGUCUAGGCAGAAAUAUUGACAUGCCAGAGACGUUUUUGUAGAUAUACUGUUCUUCACUAUUGUGUACAUAUUUAGCUGUGGCUUCAUGAGGUUUAUAUAACACGAAAUCCUGUAUGUGUGGUAAGGGACAAUAAAAACAUGCAAUGAA